AAUAUAAAUAACGAAACAUAUAGAUUUAGUUAUAGUUUUGUUUUUAUAAUGAACUCAAUCGAAUUUGGUCGAAUCAUAUUUAUCCAUAAGCUUUUAGCCUUUUAUGGUUCGGUUACCCAUCCAAAUUUAAAAACAUUGCUUUGAAUUAAUGAAACUUAUUAUUUCCGGUUCAGCCUUUUCGAUUGAUACUGAUUCGCUUGAGUUGGGCAAACCUUGAUUCAAAAUUUUGACAAAUAAGAAAAAAAAAAAAAGAAGAAAAGAAAUGAAACUGGCAAGUGGGAACUACUACACGCAGUUACGAAAUAGCUUCUGGACGGUUGGAUCUAUAUGACUCAAAUUUUUGAAUUAACAACGCAGUUAAAAGUUAAAACAUAGGUCACAUUUAAAGUUAAAAUUUUUGAUAUUAUGUUUCGUAUGCUUUGUGUUCUCAAUGGCCGCUAGAAUUAAAAGUUUUUUUUUUCUUUUCUCGAAGAGAAGCUAGAAGGCCUUUAGCCUUUAGGGGAAUAGGUCACAUUUAAAGAGUCGUUGAUUCUCUCUUUUUUUUAUGGAAACUUGAAUCAAAUUAAAAUAUUUGAGCAACUUAUCUUUUUUUUUUGGGGAAAUUGCACCAUUCAAAUUAAGGUUUUCCAUAUAUUAUAAUGUAAGAGGAAAUGGUGUUCAUAGCCAUUACCGUCACCGAAGGGGUUUCUACUUUCCAGGUAUUUUUCUGUUCUAUGAAUAUCCUGAUUUAAAGAAGUAGCUUCGUCAACAAGCUGUCGAUGAGUUUGGUUUUAGUUCCUUGUCUUUAAACUUUGGGGUUUGUGUACCACGCAGCUAGGACUUGCUUCGACAUUCUGUCGUUUCUCAUGACUGAAUUAUCUGUUUGGUUUAACAUCCCUGGUUCGUUCUUAAUGUUUGUAGGCUUAGGUGUCUGGUUUGCGGCUUCUUGCUAAAUCAUGGAUAGGAUAAGUCAGUUGUCUGAUACUCUUCUAUUGCGAAUACUGUCCGAACUGCCUACCGCUAAAGAUGUUGUGGAGACUAUGGUUUUGUCAAAACGUUGGCUUCCUCUGUGGAAGUCAGUGCCAUAUAUUGACUUCGACGACGAUAGCUAUGAAGAUAUUGAUACUGGAAGGUUUUCGCGCUUUGUUGACAGGUCUUUGAUUCUGCACAAGGCACCGAUUGAAACUUUGCAUUUCAAACUGACUAAAACUUCUACUGUCGAUGAUAUUGGAGUAUGGAUUGAAAUGGCUGUUCAACGCCAUGUGCGAGACUUGAGUAUCAAUAUCGACUGUACUUCCAGUACAACUCCAGUUACAGUUCCAAGGAGUUUAUACACAUGCUGUGGAAUGCUUGUGAACUUGAAUUUAACGAGUGUGACUCUUACGGAUGCUUCUACCUUGCCUUCUUUCUCAACCCUCAAAUAUUUGUUCCUUUCAUUUGUGAAGUACCCCGGUGAGGAGUUUGUCAGGAGGCUUUUAUUCAGUUGUGGUGUUCUUGAACAUUUGUAUGUGGACCAAUGUCUCGAUGACAAUGUUACCAUUUUCACAGUUAAGGUUCCUUCCCUCAAGAGUGCAAUUUUGCAUAAAUCAAAAGACAGAUACAUUGAUGAUGAAGAUGGAUUUGUGAUAGACGCUCCUUCUUUGGAGCUGUUGGAUGUUUAUAAUAGUACAGCCGGGUUUUGUACCAUUGAGAGUGCUAUGCCUAAUAUUGUUAAAGCAAAUGUUGUCGUUAAUCAUGGUCCUUCGGAAAUUCUGAGUGCUAUUACUUCAGUGAAGCGCCUUUAUUUAUGUUUAUCAUACGCAAAGGAUGCAUAUCCUGUUGGUAGUGUCUUCCCCCGUCUUGUGUGUUUAACAAUAUGCACAUCUGAGAUAGAAUGUUUCAAUCUACUUAUGUGUCUACUCAGAGAUUCCCCUAGUUUAAAAUCCCUCAAACUACAGGUAUAUAUCUUUUUUGGCAUUCGGGAUCAAGGACAGCGCUCCUGUUGGAAUGAACCGAGUUCAGUUCCUGCAUGUCUGUUAUCGAGUCUUGAAACUUUUGAAUGGGUAAACUAUGAAGGCACCGAAGAAGAGAAAGAAGUAGUAGCAUUCAUAUUACGAAGUGGAAGAUGUUUGAAGAAGGUGAAUAUCUCCUCGGAAACCACUGACUCCGACAAGAAACUUGAGAUGCUUUAGGUGUUCACCUACCUGUCAGCUUACAUUCCUCUCAAGCCAUAAACACAAGUCCGAUCACAUAUAUGCUUAUUAAUGUUUUGGAUGUUUUUUUUUCAUAUUAUUUGAGUGUUUUGAAUUUCUUAUUGUUCCUUGCUUUAUUCUAUGCCUUGGAGCUCGUUAACAUGUCUUUGCUAUAUUAAAGUCUCCAGUUCUUGAAGUCUUUUCUUUAAAAGUUGAUGUGUUUCAUUUUAAUCCUCUAGACAUUGGGGUUUGAGUUAGAACCGCGGUUGAUUACGAACAUGUUCUUCAGCUAAAAUUUGACGAUUCUGCCAGUGAAGAUCCUAUCAGACUACCUAGGAGCUUUUAUACUUGUGAAACACUCAAUGUCCUAAAACUUACGAACGCAAGUCUUAUCGAUUUUUCUUCUUCUUCUUCAGUUUGUUUUCGAUCUCUAACGACCUUGCAUCUUCUAUCAGU